GCUCGUCAUAACGUGCAGGAAGCACAGCCGGGAGGUCGUGCACAGGCAACAACCGAAUUGAACACCAUAACAUCCACAAGUUAACAAUGGAAGUACAAAGCCAACCACAGAAUCCUGGCUCUGUUUCUGAAACAUGUGUAGUCAGUGACUGUGAGAGAGAAUUGCUGGAAAUUACUGACACUCAGGAAAUAGGUGAUCUCAAGGAACACAAAGAUUGUGGUGGUCCAGAAGAUCAAUCAACGUGUAGUGCAUGCGGGAAAACAUUUAUUAAAUCAGAAGACAUGAAAAGGCACAUGGCGAUUCACUGUGGAAUCAAGCCUCACCAGUGCACUGUUUGUAAGAAAACAUUAUCAGGUCAUCUGCAGAAACAUAUGCUGAUUCACACUGGAGUCAAACCUUAUCAGUGUGUAGAAUGUGGGAAAGGGUUCACACAGUCAGGUAGCCUGCAGAAACACAUGAUGAUUCAUAGUGGAAUCAAGUCUCAUCAGUGCAUCGUGUGUGAGAAAACAUUUACAUUAUCAUGUCAUCUGCAGAAACAUAUGCUGAUUCACACUGGAAUCAAACCUUAUCAGUGUGUAGAAUGUGGGAAAGGGUUCACACAGUCAGGCAGCCUGCAGAAACACAUGAACGUACACAGUAGAAGCAACCCUUAUCAAUGUGUUGAAUGUGGUAAAAGGUUUAGAGGUUCAGGACAUCUGCAGGCACACAUGAGGAUUCACAGUGGAAUUAAGCCUUAUCCGUGCAUUGUGUGUGAGAAAACAUUUACACAAUCGGGUCAGCUGCAGUCACACAUGAGGAUUCACACUGGAAUCAAACCUUAUCAGUGUGUUGAAUGUGGGAAGGAAUUUACACGAUCAAAUUACCUGCAGAUACACUUGAGGAUUCACAGUGGAGUCAAGCCUAAUCAGUGUAAUAUAUGUGAGAAAACAUUUACACGAUUAAGUACUCUGAAGAAUCACAUCAGGAUUCACACUGGAAUCAAACCUUAUCAGUGUGUUGAAUGUGGGAAGGGAUUGACACGAUCAAAUACCCUGCAGAAACACAUGAGGAUUCACAGUGGAGACAAGCCUUAUCAGUGUAAUGUAUGUGAGAAAACAUUUACACGAUCACGUACUCUGCAGGAACACAUGAUGAUUCACAGUGGACUCAGACCUUAUCAGUGUAAUGUAUGUGAGAAAACAUUUACACGAUCAGGUACUCUGAAGAAUCACAUGGCGAUUCACACUGGAAUCAAACCUCAUCAGUGUGUUGAAUGUGGAAAAGAAUUUACAGUAUCAAGUAACAUGAAGAAACACAUGAGGAUUCACAGUGGAGUCAAGCCCUAUCCGUGUAAAAUAUGUCAGAAAUCAUUUACACGAUCAGGUACUUUGGAGAGGCACAUGGCGAUUCACAGUGGACUCAGACCGUAUCAGUGUGUUGAAUGUGGGAAAGCAUUUAGACAUUCAUAUCACCUGAAGUCACACAUGAUGAUUCACAGUGGAAUCAAGCCUCAUCAGUGUGUUGAAUGCGGGAAAACAUUUGCACAAUCAAGUAAUCUGCAGAAACACAUCAGAAUUCACAGUGAAGUCAAGCCUUAUCAGUGUAAUAUAUGUGAGAAAACAUUUACAGUAUCAGGUACUCUGAAGAAGCACAUGGCGAUUCACACUGGAAUGAGACCUCAUCAGUGUGUUGAAUGCGGGAAAGCAUUUGCACAAUCAGGUAACCUGAAGACACACAUGAUGAUUCACAGUGGAAUCAAGCCUUAUCAGUGUUUUGAAUGUGGUAAAGAAUUUUCAAGGUCAGGUCUCCUGCAGGGACACAUGUCGGUUCACACUGGAAUCAAGCCUUAUCAGUGUCCUGAAUGUGGGAAAUGGUUUACACAACUAUUUAGCUUGAAGAAACACAUGAGGAUUCACAGCGGAAUCAAGCCUUACCAAUGCAUUGUGUGUGAGAAAACAUUUACACUAUUAGGUGACCUGCAGAAACACAUGAGGAUGCACAUUGGAAUCAAGCCUUAUCAGUGUGUUGUGUGUGAUAAGUGGUUCACACACUCAAGUAGCCUGCAGAAACACAUGACCAUUCAUAGUGCUAGAAAGCCGUAUCAGUGUGAUGUGUGUGGUAAAGCGUUUACAUACUCAAAUAGCCUGAAGCGACACCUGACCAUUCAUAGUGGAAACAAGCCUUAGCAGUGUGUUCGAUGUGGGAAAAUAUUUUGACACUCAGGUACUCUGCAUACACAAGGGAUGAUUCACAAUGGAAUCAAACCUUUACGGGUGCAUUGUUUGUGGGAAAGGAUUGACACACUCAGGUAAUCUGCAGAAACACAAGGAUUCACCGUGGAAUCCAACUUAUCAGUGUGUUGAAUGUAGCGAGGGAUGUAACAUCACACGUUUCAUAGUUCAGGAAUAAAGGUUUACAAAGUGUACAAAAUGGCUCUGACGCUCGGGACCUUUUCACAGUGUGAUGCUGGUCAUGUUUGCCUGUCUCGGUCUGUCGUCUGUCUACCGUCUCUGAAACCACCUCCGUAUUUAAGGGGUGGCAGGGCUUUGCCCGUUGACCUUGAGGCCUAGAGUUUGCCUCGUGGAGGACGUAAGCAAGUUCAUGUUACUGCGUAGGGGAUAUUUAAAUCCAAUGCUAUCUAUCUCGGUCGUUAAUAAUCCUCUGGCCAUGUAGUGACCACAUGUUUACACCACGUGCUCUUGGACAGGGAUAAAUCAAAGGCUAUCUUAUCUUCCUUACAUGUAGUCAUACAGCAACUCUGUAUGUUGCAGAGUUGACCAGUAAUUAGCCUGUCCAGAACAAGACAAUAAACUAACUGUCAUCGUCUACAACCCUGCUUUGACAA